AUGCCUCGACUGACGAGACUGAUCAGGCGUCAGACGGCGGUAGUCGAGCGGGCAGCACAAGCCACUGCAUCUCGUCCAAGCCAUCUCAUGCAAAUUGGUGCCUCGACCGCAAUUGCUCGACAAACGACCUGCCUAGAUUCAGGGCGGCAGGCACGAGCACCCGACUACCGAUCCCUGGUAUCGUCUCUACUCGCCGCUCGGGGUACGCCGCGAGAGUCCAGUCUUUUCGCUCGCCCGAGCAUACUGCUCCCUUGUACGACUGGCGGGCUUCACUCGAGCAUGCUCGGCAGCAUACGUACGCAUGUCAAUGGUACAGCCUAUCAGCCUUCGACUCGCAAGCGCAAGCGAAACUAUGGCUUUCUCGCCCGACGCAGGAGCAGGACAGGCACCAAAAUUCUGAUUAGGCGAAGAGCCAAGGGUCGCAUGUACCUCACUCAUUGA